UGCAAGUCAAGUCAACCCAAGGGUCCGAUUUUAUGACUGUUGGGUUGACCUAAGUUUCCUGACUCUCCGAAGGUUUAGGCCUAUUCUACAGAUAACUCAGCCGCCAUAUGAACUUCUACGAGUUGAUUCACCACGCCUUUUUGUCACCCAUCCAAGCUCUCCGCUGGUCAGACGCAGUUCAGCAGCUAUUAGUUAACUUUAGUACCCUUUUGUCGAUGCUUAGUUAUAGAGGUCCCUUAUCUUGCUUGCGUACUUCAGAUCGAGAUUGAAGAAUAUAUCUGCUUAUCAUGCCGAUCCCUCUUCUGGUCACGAUGCAUGAGGACUCGCCUAUCCAACGGCUGCCCGACGACCUGCUCGCCAGGAUCCUCCAAUCUGUCCCUAUCAUCAGGUCCGACGACAGCCAGUUCGACCACGCUCUCGUGUGCAAGCAUUGGCACGACAUCGCGUGUCGCGUGAGAGACCAGAUCCGCAUCCCCUUAAACAGCAUCUCCACUCUUAGUCGGGUACUUCAGCAGCUCUCGUCGAUCCCAAGGCUCAGGAAAAUCGCCAUCUCCCCUUUCAGCAUGACCCACGUCCCUGAUUCCAUCCUCUUUCGCAUCGCCGACACGUGUCCCGACCUGACCGAGCUUUACAUUGGCGCCACGGACCGAGCCUUUGCGUACGAUAGCUUUUCCGAGGAUGCGCUUUGCUCCCUUUUCAGCAAGUGCACUCGGUUGGAGGAUCUUCAUCUGUAUUGCAAGGACUACAUCGAAGCCAUUCCUCCCUCCAUCGGCCGUCUCGCUUCGCUCACGAACCUGCACCUC